AUGGCGUGCCCGCACCUCGAGACCAUAGGCCCAGCUCUGCAGCCGCCAGCGCCUUUCCACUCCGUCUACCGGGAAGACUGCACCCAGUGCUUUGACUCCCUUGACGACUCUGCCGGUGUCGAUGUCUGCCUACAGUGCUUCAACGGCGGUUGUGCUGGCGACCGCAACCAUGCCCAGCUCCACCGACAGCUUUGGAACCACCCGCUCGUCCUCAACAUUCGCCGCACUCGCAAGGUUGUCGUCCGAGACGAGCCCCCGCUAAAGAUGUCCAAGCUCGCCAUUGCCGCCGAGACUGAAGAAGACCGAUUUGAUACCGCAACCACUGUCAAGUGUCUCGAGUGCAACCAGGAACUUGACAAGACGAGCGACAAGCUCGCACCCAUCGUCGAUGGUAUUAUGAAAGCCAACACCUUUUCCCGCAAGGAAGAGGUCAAGGCUUGGGAGCAAGAGUUGACCAGUUGCGAGCACAUCUUGUUGAUGCAGCAGUCGGAGCCGCGGACCAUCCAGUCUGGCGAUCUCGGACACUGCUCCGCGUGCGACCUGCACGAGAACCUGUGGCUCUGCUUGGAGUGUGGAAAUCUUGGCUGCGGACGUAAGCAGAUGGGUGGUGUCGACGGAAAUUCCCACGCUCUUGCACACUCGACCGAGUCCGGUCACGGCGUUGCUGUGAAGCUGGGAUCCAUCACCCCCGAGGGGACGGCAGACGUCUACUGCUACAAGUGUGACGAGGAGAGGAUCGAUGGAGAUCUUGGACAACACCUGGGUCACUGGGGAAUCAUCUUGGCGGAGCAACAUAAGACGGAGAAGAGCUUGACGGAAAUGCAGAUUGAGCAAAACUUGCGUUGGGAUUUCAGCAUGACUACGGAGGACGGAAAGGAGCUUAAGCCCCUGUUCGGUGCUGGUCUGACUGGUCUCAAGAAUCUCGGCAACAGCUGCUACCUUGCUAGCAUCGUUCAGUGCCUCUUCGACACCAACGCCUUCAAGAACCGUUAUUACUUACCCGACCGUGACCUUCCUGCUGUUCAGGAGCCCGCGGCAGACCUGGAGACGCAGCUGCGCAAGAUGGCGGACGGCUUGCUCUCUGGUCGUUAUUCGAAGCCCGACUCGGAUGUCAUCGCAUCUGAGCAGUCUCCCGAGAUCCCUCAUCAGAAGGGCUUGGCGCCCGCCAUGCUGAAGCACCUAAUCGGCAGAGGCCAUGCCGAGUUUUCCACCAUGCGACAGCAAGACGCUUUCGAGCUUCUCCAGCACAUCUUCAAGCUUAUCUCCCGAUCUCAGCAUCCAUCUGACCUCGGUGAUCCUACCCAGCCCUUCCGCUUCGUUCUGGAGCAGCGACUGCAGUGUCUUGGAUGCAAGAAGGUGCGGUACACGACUAACGAGCAGGACAACAUCUUCAUCGACGUGCCACUGGAGAAGGCACCUGCCGCCGAGGGUGCCGAGACGAAGGCAGAUGCCUACAAGGCAGUUACACUGAAAGAAUGCCUUGACAACUUCACAGCCGAGGAGGUCGUGGAGCUGACGUGCUCUGCCUGCGGAAGCAAGGAUGGCUACACGAAGCGCUCUCUGUUUAAGACGCUUCCCGAGAAUCUCGUCGUCAACGCGCGCAAGAUGGCCGUCAUCAACUGGGUGCCUGUCAAGAUUGAUGUGCCAGUUAUUGUUCCUGACGAGCCGUUCCUCCUCGACGAUUACCUAUCCAAGGGUCUGCAGCCGUCGGAGGAGGCCCUUCCAGACGAGCCUGAGAGCAGCGCCCCCGCCUUCGUCGCCAACCCCGAGGCUGUUAGCCAGCUGGAGGCCAUGGGCUUUCCCCGCAACCGAUGCGAACGAGCCCUGCAUGCCACUGGCAACUCGGACGCCAAUGCGGCCAUGGAGUGGCUCUUUGGACACAUGGAAGACCCUGACAUUGACGAGCCCCUGGUUCUGAGUGGCGGCGCGGCCGCUGGUGGUGCCUCGGCGGACCCCGAGAAGAUUGAGAUGCUUGGAGCCAUGGGAUUCUCUGUGCCCCAGGCCAAGAAGGCACUGCGCGAGACCAACGGCGACGUUGAGCGGGCCGUCGAAUGGCUCUUCAGUCACCCCGAGGACCAAGGAAUAUUUGACGAUGACGAGGCGCCCGCCGCCGGGGCCGAUUCCGCAACAAAUAGGGCCGAGGCCGGAAGUGCCGCGACCCCUGCCAAGUACCAGCUCCAGUCUAUUUCCUGCCACAAGGGCACGAGCAUUCACGCAGGACAUUACGUUGCUUUCAUUCGCAAGGAGGUUGACGGCCACCCUUCGUGGGUUCUGUUCAACGACGAGAAGGUCGUCGAGGCGGCCGAGAUUGAAGAGAUGAGGAAGUUCGCCUACGUCUAUUUCUUCAAGCGUGUCUAA